AGCUUUUCAUCGAAGAGAGGCAGACAGACGGAGAGAGAGCGAAGCUCCCCAAGAGACUGACACGCCGAGGUAGACGGGCCGACCUACAUCCUGCAGUUUGCAGUAUCUAGGACACUUCUCCGCCAGCUAAGCGUCACCAUCCAACAACAGAAAGCAAGAAGAAAAACUGAAAUCUGGGCUUUUUUAAGAAAAGAAGACCGAUCCACUAACAAUCUGGACACCAAAAAAAAGUGGAUAAAUGAGGGUUUCUAAUGCGGAGCUCCAGCAGUUCUUUAUCUUUCUGGCUUAUUCGGACACUUGAGGACUUUUCUGUCAAAGCGACACAGAACCUGCGAUAACCAGACUAAGAAAUUUGCUAGAAAGCCUUCAAAGUUGUUUUUGUCACCACCUCCCUCCUCUUCUUUGACCCCUGACCUGGUUUCUUCCCUCCCCCCCCAAAAAAAACCUUUCAAACUGGCUGGCACUAGACAAAUAUGGAAAGUCUGACGUCAGCUCUUAAGACAUUAAACAAAAACUCAGGGGAUAACGCCAACUGCGUUGAGACCUUCAGCAGUUAUGAAGAGUCUCUUCCUUCUGCCGAAGGGAGUCCAGCUCGCAUGGGUCGCCUCGCCAAGGCCAAACCCAGUAUGAGCUGCAGGCGAAAGCGCGAGUUCAUUUCGGAUGAAAAGAAGGACGCCUGCUAUUGGGAAAAACGCCGCAAAAACAACGAGGCCGCCAAGCGCUCCCGGGAGAAGCGACGUCUCAAUGAUAUGGUCUUGGAGAACCGUGUCAUUGCACUGAACGACGAGAACGUGAGGCUGAAGACGGAGCUGCUGCAGCUGAAGCUGCGUUUCGGCCUCAUUAACACUGCCUCCUAUAUCGAAAAGAGCCAGCAGAUCGGUGGAGGCAACACGGGAAAUGGAGGCUCGUCCUCAUCCCCUUCUUCUUCUACAAAGUACUACUCCAGCGGUUACUCUAGCGGUUCUCAGGUGAUGAUGAACUCUGAUUCCUCAGAAACAGAGCAGUCUGGACGCAACGAGGGCCACAGGCAGCUGGUCAAAUACUCCCCGCAUGGCUCCCUCUCUGACAUGUCCGACGGCUCCUCCAGGGACAGUCCUGAGCCAAUUCCUUUCAAGAUCAAGCAGGAAGGUGACAGGUUAGAGAUGGACAUUGCAAACGGCACCACCACGCAGAUCAUGUUCAACAUCCACCCUGGUCUGGCGUCUGUGCCUACUCACCACCAGAUCCAGCAGCAUUCUCAGGAGAUGGAGCCAGCACAUCAAAGCCAACAGCAGCCCAAUCCACAGCUCCAUCAGGAGCCUGUUAGCGCUGUCAACACUGUCAGCCAGCCGGCCCCUCACCCACCCGCUGCCCAGAGGAGCGUCAUUCUGUACGGCUCCAGCAGUGCCUCCUAUCCUGUGGACACCCUGACGAGGCACCAGGAAAUGGAUCUGCAGGCAGCCCAGAAGCGGAGCAGCGGCAGCAGCCAGACGUGCUUCACCCAACUGCCGCAGUCUCUAACAGAGGGUACCACAGAGACACUGGCUGAGGUGACAGAGCAGCUGGAGAGGAAGACAUUAGACUCGCCUCUGUAUGAGCUCUCGGAAAGCCGCAAUGAGCCUGAAGAGAGACAGGUGUACCGACGUUGCCAACUUGCCCAGCAGCAGGGGAGCGAUUCACCUGCAGAGUUCCUCCAGAAACAAGACGACGGGGUCAAUUACUCGCACCUGUACCAGCAUCUGCAGCAGCCUCAUCAUUCGUACCUCAGUGCCCAAGACGAAGAGCCACCUUUGCUUACCUACGAGGGGCAGCACGGGAGCGAGGCUUACUACCAAGGCUCCUCGAGCAAGGACACAUCCUCCAUUGACGGGGAUCUCCGGAGCUCUGACAAAGAGGCCUCCACGGAUGAGGACGAGUCCCCCUCAUCAUCUUGCUCAGAUGUGGGCAGCUACCACAACCAACAUCAUACCAGCUUACACCACCCUGCCUCGCCUCUUCUGUCCUCCCAGGGAUGCUCACAGGCCCAGGGCCGGGAUCCCCAGGGGGAGGUGAAGGGCACAGCGUUGCCCCACAAACUCAGACUUAAACACCGGGCCAUGAGCAGCAGCAGCAACUGCUCGGGCCAGGAAUCCCCCACAAGCCCUCCCUCUGCCACGCCGCCCCCCCUGCCCCAGCACCCUUACUUGUCGCUCAUACCGCAGCCACGAGAAAGCCAGAGUGGAGGCGGUGAACAGACGGCAUCAUGGGAGGAGGGCAGAAAGGAGAGUGGGAAAACGGAGACGGGUGGACGACAAAACAAGAGGCGAGAUUAGGUGACUUUUACUUGCCCAGUUCAGACCAAAGAUUCAAAGACAAGACAAGGUAAAUCUUGCAAAUUUUUGCAAUUAAGCCGGGCUGCAACUUUCUAAAACAUGCCAGUUUACACCAAUGAGAGGACACAAGCGGUGUAUCAUCGGCAUAUAGCAAAUAUUUUCUGUAGAUCCAUUAUAACUUCCAACUUCCAAGUUUUUUCGUCGCUGAAUAUAAUUUGUAGCAUCUUCAAAUAUAAUUGAUAGUGAGAGUGAGAUAGAUAGAAAUUUGAAUGAAUU